AUGGACGGCCCAAAUAUGAUGACCUGUGCCAUCUGCUUGGAGUAUUUUAAGGACCCGUCCACCAUCCCGUGUGGACACAACUUCUGCCUUGCCUGCAUCAACUUGCACUGGGACCGCCAAAGUAAGCAGGGCACCAGCCUCGACUGCCCUAAGUGCAAACAGGACUUCCCCAGCAAGCCUCAGCUGUGCCGGAACAUGGAUCUGAAGGAACUGGUGGAGGGGGUAGGCAGCUCAGGACUUUACAAUGCAGAGGUUGUGGCGGCCAGGGCAGACGGAGGCAGCGACGCACCCAGAGACCGGCCUCCCUGCCACCGACACGGGAAGCCUGUGGUGUUCUUCUGUAACCGGGACAAGAUGGCGGUGUGCUGCGAGUGUGUGGUGAAGGAGUGUGCUCAGCACGACAAGAGCAUGCUGGAGGAGGAGCGUCAGAACCAAGAGAUGAUCCUCCAGAAGAAAGAAAAGGACAUCGAGAGACUCAUCGCUGAAACAGAGAAAAGCCUCGAGGAUCUGUCUGAGAACAUCGACCAAGCAAAGGUCAACCUUCAGCAAACGUCCAGUUGGGUCAGCACCAAGUUCAGCAGCUUCAUCAAGAGCCUGGUGCAGAAGCAGGAGGCCACGGAGCGCUUCAUGGAGGAGCAGAGCCACAGCACCAUGGCCGAUGCCCAGAGCAGACACUCGCAGCUGGAGGAGCGCGUCCAGAGGCUGCAGGAGAACCAGGAGCAGAUCCAGGCACUGAGGGGGCUGUCCGACACCCAGCUCAUCCAGGAGUCGAGGUUUGUCAAAGUGCCCCAGUUCCAGGACGUCUCCACAGAAGUGAACCCCGGCCUCCAGGAGCGGCUCAGCGCGGUCACAGACGUCCUGACCCGAGUGUCCAAGCUGCUGCACGAGGACCUGGAGCGGGCUGUGGGGACCGCUCUGGCCGACAGACAGGGCUCUCCCCAGGACAAGCGGCCCAUCCUGGCGGUGGUGCCGAGUCCUGCAGCUCCCUUCGUCCCGGGCCUCAGAGAAGGACUGGACACCUACCGCUGCGCCCUGACCUUUGACCCCUGCACGGCUAACGCUAACCUGUCCCUGUCCCACGGGAACACCCGGGUGGAGCACCUGACCUCGGGCCCCCGGCUGCUGCCCCCGGACGAGGCGCGCUUCGACCACACCUGGCAGGUCAUGUGCUCUCAGGGCUUCCAGCAGGGGGUGCACUACUGGGAGAUGGACGUCUCCAAGCCCUGGGCCUUUGUCGGGGUGAGACACAUCAUGGUGCAGUCUCUCUUUAGAUUUAGGAAGUGA